UUUUUUUCCUUUUAAAGGAAUCAUCAAAGUCUCGCUUUAAAUAUCUCUGUCUCAAAAAAAAAUACUGUUUGCCUACAGAAGAAAACAAGUGUAUUCUUUUAUUAUUUCUUUGCACAGUAUUCAAUAAUUUUUGUCACUAUAAAUUAUAGCUAAAAAUAAUCUCUUCAGAGAAAAUAUUAAUCUCGUUCUCCAUCUGCUUUCUCUCAUCGGAGCUCCUUUUCUGGUUCUCAAAGGAACCAAAGGACAAGAUUCUGAUCUUGUUGGAGAACCCUAAAGAUGGAAGGAGAUGUGUUCUCAGGGUUUGGUGAGAGACACAACAUGGAUGGGAAACUGCUGCAGAGUUUCCAGAAGAGCUUUGUGGAUGUUCAAGACAUUUUAGACCAAAACCGGCUGUUGAUCAACGAGAUCAAUCAGAACCACGAGUCCAAACAGCCUGAUAACUUGGGUCGAAACGUCGGUCUGAUCAAAGAGCUCAACAACAAUAUCAGAAGAGUGGCUAGCCUUUACGGCGACCUCUCUCAUUCUUUUGCAAGAUCGAUGGACGCUUCAUCAGAAGGUGAAUCUAGUGGAACCUUGAAAUCUGAUGGCAAAGCUAACCAGAAGAGGUUUAGAUCCGGUUAGUAUAUAUAAACCGAGAGCCACCACCCGAAGCUGAUUAAAUUCAAAGAGUCGGAAAGAGAGUUUUACUACUGCAAUAUCUCACUGUUGGAAAAUGAUAGCUACAUACGUUUCACCAAGAUGAUUUUCAUUUUCAGAUUAAUUGUUUGUUUGUUUUACUUUGAAGAAACUUGUUGUAAAGUUCACACAUUUCAGUUUAUGAUUUGGUUUCUCCA